AUGUCGGCUGAUUUGUUUGCUGAAUUUGCCAACAGCAACCCGCCACCUCCGCAACAGCAGCAACAACAGGGACAGCAAUCACCGCUUCCCCCAGCCGCAACUGGCCAGCAAACGUGGAAUAAGCCUGCGGCAAGGGAUCCCUUCAGCUUCGGCUUCAACGACUUUACAUCAGCAGCAGCAUCACCAAUUGAACGAUGGCCCCCAGUCCAAUCUCAGCCGACCGCAGCUGUCGGCUGGGCUGCGUCGCCACCGGUCUCACACGCUGCGCCAGCAUCUCAGGCAUUCAACGAUGUUGAUGACGAUGGCUGGGGAGAUUUCGAGACCGCGGAGCCUACACCGGCAGCAUCUACCAUCAGCAAGACUUCCGAACCAUUCGGCGGGCUGGCCUCUCCAAUCAAACAGCCUGAUGUCGUGAAUAGGCCCUUUCGGGCCCCUACUCUCGACAUCAUGACCAAUACUUUGGUUGACGUUCAAGCAAAGCCAAAGGCAAAGCCCGAAGGCACCGGCUUCUCAUGGGACUCGGCGCAGGGCAAUUCAAGGCUUUCCAUGAACCUGGCACCUAAAGACCCCAACGUGCUGUUCGAUGCCGAUGAUUUUGAGCUCCAGGCACCGGAUGUUGACGAGGACGAGGAUGAGUUUGGUGACUUUGAAACGGUGGCACCGGCACCUCCGCAGCCGAAGCAAAGCUCUACAACGAAUCCCACACCUUCUAGCAACUCCGCUCCGCUGCUGGACUUGCUCUCGCUUGACGACCCUCCGGAGAAACCACCGGUGCCAAAAGUCACUCACAAGCAAACCCCUCCCCAGCCCCUGGGAGCCUUGAGCUUCGGGGCGGCGGCAACAACACCCCCGAACCCGCCAAAGUCACCAUCUUUCCAGGAGCGAAACCCCUUCCCAGACCUUGGAAUCAAGACAAGUGGAACUACUGCUAGACCUCCCACGAAGGCGCGUGAUGCACCAAAAUCAGCAACACCAGUUACGGCAUGGCCAAUGACCAAACAUGGAGCAAAGCCAUCCGUGGCCAAGGCAUUUGAUGAUGAUUGGGACGCUUGGGACGAGACGCCUAGUGCGUCUCUCAACAAGAAGGAAGAGAGACCAAGCAUAGACCAGUCUGAAAGCUGGGAUUGGGACGCAGGCGACGGCGGUCAAUCUAGUGCCAUGAAGGAAAACGAUGACGACCCUCCUCCAACCAACGUCCCUCCACCAUCCAUCAUCUUGUCUAUUUUCCCGGACCUCUUGAGUUCAGCAAAUGCCUUUUUCAAGCCAAUAUCUGGCCACAGUGCCUCCAUCAAACAGCAGGUUCUGUCCAAUCCCAAAGCAAUCCACUUUCUCCAAGGCUAUAUCCUCCUUGCCACGACUGCCGCUCGAGUGAUUGCUGGCCGCAAACACAGGUGGCAUCGGGACAAGAUCCUGGCGAAAAGCAUGUCCAUCUCGGCCGCCGGCAGCAAGGGCAUGAAGCUCGCGGGCUUGGACAAAACUCAGUCAGCACGGGAAGACAGAGAGGCAGCAGAUGUGGUGGCCGUAUGGCGAGAAUACGUCGGACGCGUGCGGUCUGCUGUUGCUGCUGCCAACGCCGAGGGCAAGCUAGGCCUCAAAGUUCCCGAACUCAGCGAGAAUAUGCAGGUCACAACGGCUAAGAUGGUGCCGACGGGGCCCAAGCCGUGUGUCAUUUGCGGGCUGAAGAGGGAAGAGAGAGUGUCAAAGGUCGACUACGACGUUGAAGACAGCUUUGGGGAGUGGUGGGUUGAGCACUGGGGCCACAGAGCCUGCAAGAACUUUUGGGUACAACACGAGCAGAAAUUGCGACAGCGUUGA